GUGAUUCGCCCUGAGUAGACCAAAUCCCCUGUGGGCUGAAACAGGCCGGACUGAGAGGAAACCCAGGAGCGCACGGAAGCCUGGCGGUACCCACAGCACCAGGGACAGACAGCUCAUCGGGCCGGGGGGUCCAGGCCUGCAGCUCUCAGCUGCCUCCCCCUGCAUGGCGGGCACCGUGCUGGGCGUGGGGGCUGGCGUGUUCAUCCUCGCCCUGCUCUGGGUGUCAGUGCUGCUGCUGUGCCUGCUGCUAUCCAGAGCCUCAGGUAUAGCUAGGUUCUCCGUCAUUUUCGUGUUCCUCGGCGCUCUGAUCAUCACGGCAGUGCUGUUGUUCUUCCCCCGAGCCAGUGAAUUCCCAGCCCCGGAGCCUGAGAUGAAGAUUGUAGAUGCCUUUUUCAUUGGCCGCUAUGUCCUGUUGGCUUUCCUCACUCUUGUCUUCCUUGGGAGCCUUUUCUUGGUUCUAAGCCAUCACAUCCUGGAGCCAAUCUAUGCCAAACCACUGCGGUCCUACUGAGCCAUCUUCAGGAAAACCAAGACCCUGUUCUUUCCCUCGCUUUGAUGUCACUGAUGAGCAGAAAGGUACUGUUUGGAGUCUUGUUUUGACAGCCUUCCCGCCUUAAGAUUGGAGGAUCAUCUCUUCAUCACUAAGACAAAUCCCUUGAGUCCUGGCUUCCAGAAAUAGGGUUGCAAAAUUGCCCCUGGGGAGAGAUUCUCACCAGCUUAAGAGGGAUAUUGCCGUCUUCUUAGCACCUGUACCUCAGAUUUUCCAUCUCUUUUGAAAAGAAAAUAGCAACAGGGAUCUGCUUAGACUAGGUUUUCAAUGAAGACUUCAGUAAAUGAAUUUUGGGGAAAGGGGCACUUUGGCUUCUGCUGUCAAAUAGACGGAAGAACUUGGUCCUUUUUGAUGCUAUGAAAAAUUGUUAGUUACGAGGUCAAGAUCAUUUGGGAAAGAAAGACAAUCAAAGUUCAAAAGGUUAUUUCAGUGUAAUGACCUGGAGACACAUCCAGGUGCCGGUUAUGGAGCACUCCGCAUGUCAUGACACCGGGCUCCACAAAGGCCAUGGUGUCACUUCCCGCUGCUCCAAGAAAGCAAGCAACUGCAGCUAAAGGACUGGCUUUCACCUCGAACUCCUGGCCGCAGCCUUCUAAAUCCAGCAUUUCUAUAUUUCGGGUUUCCUCGGGGAUUAGAGGCAGGGUAUGGAGAUGUCAGCUGUGUGUCCUGCUCUGUUCUCCGGAUUCUUUUGCUUCCAGGAUUCGGCGGCCUUUCUUCCCUUAUUUGGUUACCAUAAGAGUCCAUUUGGGGUUACUGUCAUCUCUUUCAUCUUCGUAGCUCCUUCUCCAAAGCUGGUGAGGAAUGUAUAUGCCCAGGCUUAGGUAUAACUUUGUACCUAAGCCCCCAGACCAAGUGAAAUUUCUUAGUAACUAGAGGGGCUCUAGGCUGGUUCCAUUUUGGAAGUCUCAUCCUGGCUCCCUAGAGCUAUUUGAAGAAGGACUUUCUGGCUUAAAAUUAAGAACCAGAAAACAAGUUGGAAAAAGAACUUUGAUUGAGUACAUGCUAUAUGCCAGUAGUACACUAAUCUAUAUAUAUAUAUUUUUACACAGAUGUAAAUGACAGGCUUGUGUGUUAAGGGCAAAAAUAUGCUUCGUACAAAGGGUAUUUUAGCUCAGGCUGCCUUCUGUAGAUCCUGUAACUACCAGCAGUGGUGACAUGAAUGAUGGGUCACCUACCUUCAUAUGCCAAGAAGUCAUGUCCAACCCUGAAAACAACCCUCACAGGGUUGGGAUAAGAAGUAGAAGUCUGGGAGGGCACAAAAUAAAUUUCACUGAGUUCUACAUGGGGGACCCCGAUAAUCAAUGGCUCAUAUGGCACCCCUUGUGCUCACGGCCUUCCUGGGGACAGGGCUUAGAGGGCGUCCCUUAAAUACAAAUCAUCUCAGGGUCCCAUUCACCCUUCUUUGAUCAAUGGCCUUAGCACAGGUGGUGCCACCCAGAGGGGAUCCCGCGGCAAAGAGACUGUGGUGAUCCCACUGUGUGGAAGCGGGGUUGGGGGGGAGAGCGAGUCAGGGCUUCUAUAUAAGAAGACAGGUUAUUUCACAGCCUCUUAAAAUUGCAUCCUGACAAAAACCACAUCAGCAGGACGCCACAACGUUCACAGCGGAGACGUUUCUCUGAUCCACUAGGUGGCGCUGUCGCGAGCCGGCAGAACACACUCGGUAAUUUUUUUGACAAGUUCCUUUUAUUUCUCACUGGUAAAACAGAAGUAAAGCUAACAUUCUUUCCUGAUGCAUGGUAUCGGAUAUUUAAUCUAAGAAUUCAUCAGAGUUAUUGUACGCGGUUCAGUUGCUAGGGAGUGCACUGCCAUUCAUGCAUGCUGCACACAGCAGGUGUCGGCACUCACUCAGCAUUGACUGUGCUCCCCCCUGGGUGUGAAGCACGGUCCUGGUGGAGUAAAUCCAUCCCAGAAUGAGGCUCUGAGGCAUCCAGGCUGUCUUCCUCACUCCAUCCUGGGAUGAAGGCAUCCAAAUCAUUUUUAAAUGUUUUUAUUCUAACAUAAAGUAAUCCAUAAACUUUUCUGUCAGCUCUAUCCUGUUGCUGCUGCAGUUGAAGGGUUUUGUUUUGCUUUGAUUUUUAUUCAUGUGUAAAGAAACCUGCUGCAGUUAUUUCACAGAUGAGAGACAGGCAGAGAGAUACAGGGGUUUAAAAAGUUGCCCAGCUUGUCAGUAGUGAGGCUCACACUUUGCAUCGGGAUCCUGACAUUUCAUUUCUCAGAUGGUUUUAAGGAUCCGUUUUGGCUUUCAAACAACUCCUUAUUUUUACAUUGGCUAACACUAUUUCUUAGCUAUUUGUACCCACCAUUCCCCUGACCCGUAUCCAAAAAAGGUAAACGUUUCAUUAAAGAAUUCCUAAUUAACAUUUAUAGUACAAAUAAAAAACAUUUUAUCAUGACUUCUUGGCAUAAAGCUUCAUAGGAGCAAGCUUCCAGACAUGGGAAUGGGAACUGCAUAGAAAUGAAUCUGGAGAAGCGCUGAUUAUCUCACAGGAGCUAAAAACUCAGGAUUGGAAGGGAUGCUGUAGUCCAUAGAGUUCAAUCAAUCUUUCAUCUCUAUUUCCAGCGCAAUACUUCGGAAUAUUCUAUUCUUCACUUGCUGAAAUCACAAUUUUUAUCGUAUUGAGCAAACACGUACGAGGCACUUUUCUAAGUGCCUUCUUAAGUAUUAACUUAUGUAAUCCUUAUAGCAACCCUGUGAAAUAAGUGCUCUUAAUACCCCCAUUUCACAGACAGGGAACAGGCACAGAGGGGUGAAGUGGUUUACUUGAGGUCACUCAGCUAGGGGUUAAACAGGACUCAGGACCUGAACUCAGGCAGCCUCAGUUCUUCACUUCCUUACAUCAUGUUGCUCCAUAAGAUGAAAACAAAGGAAAAGGAGGGACCAAGGAAUACCAAGGAGAAGCAGUUGAGUCUAGAGGAAAAUCCAGAAUCUUAGGAAUUGGCCAGGAAUCCAGGGCAAUACAGUUAGAAGCCACGUGGACCUCAGGGACAGCCUCACUGAUCACAUCUGGUUUGUGUGGGGGGGCAUUCUCUGUGCUGUGAGACUUUGCUUAGAGAUACUGGGGGAGCGGCUUGUGGACUGAGUAUCAAGGAUAUACGCGGCAAGCUCUCUCUUCAGCACUGUCUGCCCAGAAAGUUUGGUACUUGGGUUGGUUUUCAGAGGUGCCAGUGGAAGAAUCAGAGCCACAAGCCAAGAAUGUGUGUUUGUUUCUCGAUCUCUGUCUCUAGCAGGCCACAUUGGUUGCUGUUUACUCAAGGAAAAAAAAAAUACUUCCCAGUCCCCCACUCCCAGCCCGCUCAACACACACCCUCCUGCCUCAGUUUCCUGGGACCUAAGAAAUGACAGCGAGGAUCAAAGCUGGGGCCCGGCACCACAGACGGAAUGAGAAAGUGCAUUUUUCUGGUUUUCCUCACAGACAUUGGAUAUUGUAAAGGGUGUACAUUUAGCCCAGGUCCUGCCUUCAGGGAACUCGGGGUAGUUACACAUGUGGCAUUUAUAUGGUAUCCAAAUGCUCCAUGGCCAUCCUCUCCACUUUUUUAAUUUUUUAAAUCUUUGCAGAUUUCUUUGGUCUUGCUGUCUUCAUAUUGAUGUUGGCCCCAUUUUACACUGGGAACAUGUAAUAGUUUCCUAUUGCUGCUAUAACAAAUUACCACAAACUUAGCAGUUUAGAAGAAUACCAAUGUAUUAUCUUAUAGUUCUGGAGGUCAGAAAUCUAGAAUGGGUUUCACGAGGCUAAAAUCAAGGUUUUGGAGGCUCUAGGGGAGAAUCCUGUUUCCUUGCCUUUUCCAGCCUCUGGAGGCUGCCCAUAUUCCUUGGCCCUGCAUCCAUCUUCUAAGCCAGCAUCUUCUGACAGUCCAGUGGUUAGGACUCGCCGCUUUCACUGAACCUGAGGACACAGGUUCAGUCUCUGGUCAGGGGAACUAAGAUCCCGCCACGUCACUCGGUGGCAGCCAAAAAUUUUAAAUUUAAAAAUUAACAAAAAAUUUUUUUUAAGCCAGCAUCUUCUAAUCUGAUACCUGACACUCUGGCCUCCCCCUCUGAUUUGUAAGGAGCCGUUGUGACUACAUUGGGCCCACCCCGGACAAUCCAAAAUAGUCUCCCCAUCUCGAGGUCCUUAACCACGUCUGCCAAGUCUCAUUUGCCAUGUAAGAUAGCAUUCACCGGUUCUGGGAGUUAGGCUGUGGACCCCUCUGGAGGAGGGGCAUUAUUCUGCCUCCCCCAGCAUAUCCGGCCCCUCUUCCGCCUCUAAGGACCGCCUCCUUCUACCUUCCCUCUUCCAUUGUCUCCGUACCCCACGCCUUCAUGCAUGAGACCCGACCCAUUAGCUCCAGUGCCACUCUCCAGUUCUCAGGGUGCCCACCCGACACCCGUGAUGUGUUGAUAACUUCCCCCGACUUCACUCAUGGUGGCCGCCUCCCACUGCUGAGAUCCCCCAAGACCUGCUUUCCUUUUCUUGGCUUCUCCCCACCCCCUCACUAGCCCAGCCUCCCAAUGGAUCUCUAAAGGAGACAUGCAAAGAGUUAUUGCUUUUUAAUUACAAGUGCUAUUGUAACAUCUAUAAAGAAGAACACUUUAAGCUUAAUUGAGACCAAAUGUGAAGUUAAAUUAAACGAAUAACUAAUUAACGUAAUGCUCGUGCAUUAGCCCCGAGUGAGUGCCGAGGCCCAGAGAGGGGGCAGGUCCUGGGCCUCCAGGGACAGUCAGUGCCCAGAGCUGAGGAGAGGGGUUGCGGGGCAGGGAUCCUGGGCCUGGGACCCAGGUGUGCAAGGACCGAUGUCAGGGCCCGGGGCCCCGGACUCCUACCUACACCCAGCCUUCAUUUCUGAGGCCGGCCCCGAGCUCCCCACACGCCCUGUGCAUCUCCCUAGCGCCACACUGAGCCGCCGGCACCAGAGAAUGUCUGUUCAUUUUCCAGUCCCUGGGCCUAACACAUUUAGGGGCUUGAUACGCGGCCGUUUUCACUUCCUUCCCGUUCAUUCUUCCUUCUGGAUGGUCACAUUUGUUCCUCCAUUGCCACUGGGAUUGCCCUCCUGCCAGCCCUGUCCCUUCAGGGCUGGACGAGUGGACGGUGAGGUCUCUCAACUUGAGUCACCCACCCUGGUUUUUUUUCUCCCAUCGUUUAAACGUUUCCCUGUUCCUUUCUUAUCCCCUAACUAAACAAGCCCCUGAGGGCAGGGCGUGCAUUGACACUGACUUGUCUCCCUGAUUCAUAGCGAUCCUCUGAGGGAGGUAACGUUAUUACUGUUUUCUAAUGAGGAAAAGGCUCAAAGCCAUCGUGGUGAGGCUGAGAAAGAGACCCCCAGAAGCUGGGGUGUGGGGGGGGGGCGGGCGAGGGAGCCUGUCUCCCUGCAGGAAGCAGAAAGGGAGUCCAGGCACGGGCUCUACCGCGGGAUGAUGGCGCCAUCUAGUGGCUUCCCUGAGUGCUGCUGGCAGGUAAACCUGAUCUUAUUGUUUUGUUUUAUUUAUUUUUGGCUCCGUUGGGUCUUUGUUGCUGCGCAGGCUUUCUCUAGUUGCGGUGAGCGGGGGCUACUCUUCAUUGCAGUGCGUGAGCUCUCUUGUUGCGGAGCACGGGCUCUAGGCACGCUGGCUCAGUCGUUGUGGCGCACGGGCUUAGUUGCUCCAUUGCAUGUGGGAUCUUCCCGGACCAGGGCUGGAACCCGUAUCCCCUGCAAUGGCAGGCGGAUUCUUAACCACUGCGCCACCAGGGAAGCCCCAGGUAAACCUGAUCUUGAGAGACGCAUUCUUGAACCUGAGCUGCAGCUCUGCCCUGGGGGCCUGAGGACUUGGACAUCCCACUGGCUCCUGCUUUUAAAGCCAGAGUGGGUCUCUGGGCACUUUUGAGACUUGCUAUUUGUCACCAUUGGCGUGUGUAUAACCUGUCUCAGCGUGGAGGGAUUUGUAUCCAGCCCAUGAACUGCCCACAGGCUCUCCCGCGGGUCCUCAGUGUCCUCACGACUGCCUCCUCUGGGCACGCCAGUUGCCAGCUCCCCAGCACACCACCCUGUGGCCCUGGGACGCUGCCCCAGCGGCCCACGUGAGCCCUGACAGGACGAGCACGGGCACAGCUGGCGACAUCUGUAUCUGGGCUAAUGGGCAGCUUCAGAGGGCAGACAGAAAUGCCAAGUUCUGGCAGAUCCAAGGGUUUGGGGCGGCCAGAACACGCGGGAGAGGAGGCCAGCUGCAGGGGGCUGCGAGCUGCACACGUAACAGCUGCCUGAACGAAGCCAGCAGCACCCUCCCACCUUGCUAGUCACGUCACCCCGGUGCCUGUGCUUAGGCUGUCAGUCCUUUUUCUGUGUCCACUACCUACUCCAUUCCUAGAGCACAGCUGGCAAACAGUGAGCACUCGGUAACCACUGGCAUUUCAUUAUCAAAAUAUUUAAUAACAUGACUGGUACUUUGGUCAUGCCCUCCGCCCCACCCUUCCCCUACAGCACUGCCCUGACAAGCCAUCUUCCCUGGGGACACAGGGGGCUGGGAUGAGAGCAGGCAAGGGGCCCUCACAGUCGGGAGUGACGCUUCCCCUGCCUUUCCCUAGUCCUGCCCUGGAGGAUACGGCAAUAAUGCUUUAAUCAAAAUGGGUCAGGAGUUAGAAACGGGAUCAAAUGGAGGGUAGAUGGAGGAGUGCCAACGUGGGGAAACACACGGAGGAAACUGGCUUGUGGACAAAGGGACAAAGAGAGGCCGGGUGGCUCUGAAAUAGCCACUUCUAGGUACAGGCUGAUUACAGAGGUUCACGUUUAACGUGAGAAGGAGAGACGCGCUUUUUCCAGGCCUUGGCCCUGCUGAAUCUCUGCCUUCUGUCUUGGAAUCUGAACAAGGAGGAGUCUGAGCAUAUGCCUUCUUGUACCAAAAUGCAGACACCACUUAGCCCUGAUCCCUUCCACUGGCGGCCUCCAGAGCUCAGGCCUUUAUCGCUGUCAGCGCAACUGACGCCUUCGGGGCCUUUACAGUUCCUCCUCUCCUUCUGCCUCCCUAGCCAGGACCGUAUACUGUGUGGUAAAUCACUUGUCUGUCAUCAAGGGCUUUGUAGUUAAUAGAUAUUGUUUAAUAAUCUUUAGGACCAGGCAGCCUCUAUGCUCUGUUAGUCCCCAAACAAUGAUGAUAAACCUCCCCUGACGUAUUCCCGGCAGCCACGAGACUAGUUACCCAUUCCUAAAUCUUAAGAAUGCAUGUCCUGUUUCCAAGUACCCACCCCCCUGCCCCAGGUUAACUAUAAAACUGUCCUGAUGGCCCCUUGGUGGUGUGGAGCGCUCCCAGACCGCCGUCCACCUGAGCCCGAGCCCGAUCCCACCCUGUAAGUGACCCUAUACUAAACUGGUCCCUUGAUCACACGGAGCUGCCCCCUCAGUUUUUGGUCUCAAGGUGCCUUAGUUCAGUGGGCACUUUACGUCCCCUCUGUCCUCCAACAAGGCCCUUGAGUCUUCCGUGGCCUCAAGCUUGGUGGUCCCCUUCCGGUGGAGAGUCUCCUAGCCCAUGGAAGCCUCGUGGGCUGGGCUGGCUGGUGUUGGGCCCGGAGGCUUUGCCUCAGCCAUCUGGUGGGGGGCACUGUGGGACCCGGCGAGGGCCCUCCAGGUUUCUGCUGCGAUCGGGUCCUCACAUUUCUCUAUACCUGCGUGAGGAGCAGAGAGGCAAUGGAAGAGAAAGUGAGACAGGGGUUAACAAGCUCCUGCCCCAAUGGUGGGGACGGGGAAGGCAGGUCCCGAGGGUCCCUUAAUAAUCGCCUUUCAUCCCGUUCGCUAUAAUUAGGGCUCCCUGUCACCUCUUCAGCAAGCAGGGAACACCAAGCCAGAAUAAUGUGAAAAACCUUACAAUGUCUGUACUGUGUUUGACCACUCUGCAAAGCAGUACCACAUACCCAGCUAGUCGCAGCCUGAGAUCAGCCCUAUCAGGUAUUUAGAAACGAGCAUCCCCAUUUGACACACAAGGACGCGGACGUUCAGAGAAGGUGCCCAAGGCUCUACAGAAGCAGGUGAGCAGAGAAGUCAGGAUUGUCCAGCAUUUCUGGUUUCAAGCCCCGGGCUCCCUCUGCCCAAGCAAGUGACUCUGCUUCCACACAGGCCUUCCUCAGAGAAGGACCCGCUGAGGAUGCAGAGAGAAGCCAGCCCCGCACACCUGGGGUCACACUCAGGCUCUGCUGGGCCUAGCUAAAGGCCUGAGGUAUGUUCCAUGAGUUCCGAGCCUCUGUUCUCUCACCUCUAAGGAGAACAUCUACCUCUCAAGGCUGCUGAGAGGGAAGCCAGUACAGCUACAGACAGGCUCAGCUCACGCCCAGAGCAGACGCUUACUAGGCACUCAUUCUUUUCCCUUUCUGCAUCACUUCCUCUCCUCCCAACGUCCCCCCAGGCCUGGCCGGGGGACAGCAGGUGGAAGGAGUACUGGUCACGUGAGGCGCCAUCCACUGCUCCCCCUCCAGGGCAGGGCAGGGCACAGACUCCGUUAAUGCCUCCUGCCCUGCAUUCUUCUCCCCCCAACCCGGACGAUGCCUUCCUCAAAGGGAAGUUCUUCCCCAGAUACAGUGCUGUUUACCAUGACCCCAGUGGGCUCUUCCUCACAUUUACCAUCCAGACCAGGUCCAUCGCUCCGGCAGCUUCUCAUUAGCAAGAGCUUCCUAAGGAGAGCCAGAAAGGCCACGAGAGAACGUUGCCAACCCCAGCACCAGCCGCGCAGCCCAGCCUCUAGCGCCCUGCCUUAGCCACGGGCCUGUCUGUGCGGCCUCCACACCCGCCACCGCUGGGCAACAGGCAGAGAGCACAGCAGGCCAGCUUUGGGUUUUGCUCCAGAGGCUUUGCUUGGUAGCUGCUUUUGUCCGCACACCCCAGGCAGAGGGGCCAGAUGCCCUUGGUUUCUGACCUUCGGGAGGCACAGACGGCUCAGAGUCCAAGUUCAGAGGGAAAACGAUUUCCCUGGAGGCUGCCCCCUCUGUCCUGGGGUCUACGUCCAAAGCCCUAUCGCUCUCCCUAAGGAGGAGAGGCUGCCGACCUUCACAGCAGCUCCGGUCCCUUAGGAAACACUUCCCAAGCACCACACUCCAUCCAGACUCAGAGUCUUUGGAACUGGCCCCCAAGGAAAAAGCGAAAGUCAGAAAAAUCGCACCGGAGGACAGAGGCUUGGCAUGCGCUCUAAGGGCACAGUAGUUACAGACGUGAAGAAAAUACUCACAAAAGUCACAGGACUUGAGGAAAAUACUACCGCGCGUGGGUUAGGGCCACACUAGAGCUAUGGAGACACAUGGGGAUAACAGAAGACAGGUUAGUGGGGCUGGGGGCCAGGCAGGGGCUCCCGGAGCACGGUCAGCGUCCGGCUCCGGGUUCCUGAGGGCUGGGCUGGAGCGAGGCUCACACUGGUUCGGACUCCCGGGAGAGGCGAGGCCAGGCCGGCGGGGCUCCGGCCCUCCCGCCGCAGCACUUACCCUCCGUCUCUACUCAGGGAUGACCUCCAGGCCAGGACCUCCUUGUACACCAACCGGCAGAGGAGCUGAGGGGAGGGAGGGCGACAUCGGCGUGCAGCACGUGGCUGGUCCCCAGUGCUAGGUGACCGCCUGGCUGGCUCACAGUGUCACUCCGCAGGGGUUCACCCACGGGACGCAGGGUGGUUCCGAGCAAAGCACUAGAUGGCCGACACUUUGGACCACUUCGGACACUUCGGAACUUUCCAGGGUUCCAGCCCCGCAGGACAGGGCCCCUCCCCAUACCCAUCUGUGCGCCCCAAAGCUCUUACCAAGCAGGCCAGGAUGUCGGCAGUGAUGAGCAUGUAGAAGACGUUGUUCCAGCCCGUGGGGGAAAUGAGCCCGGCCAGCAGAGGCCCCAGAGCCGCACCUGUGUGGAGCACAGCGUGAGAGAAGGGCCCUGCACCAGGGACCCUGGCCCUCCCUGCCCGCAAGAGGGCAGCAUCCCAAGAGUGCGCCCGAGACCAGGCUUGGGGCUCAGCUGCCGAGAGCCAAGAGCGAGAGUCACAGACCUACGGAUCCGGUGCCGUCGAUGAUGGCCGUGACGGUGGAGAGCGCCUUUGCGUUGCCCUUCAGGCUCUU